GUUCUGGAGUCAUUGUUCUACUAGUUACUCAUAAACUCACUACCUGAACUACAUAAUCAAAUCACUUAGAAAUACCUCAUGUCCAAUAAUCCCUCCCCAGCCUUGAAAUGGGGCAAAACCCCUACGGAACUCUGGGAUCCCAACAAGAAAGUCGCCCCCGACCACCCUGUCCACCAGAUUCCAGCCGAACAGCAGGAGAAAUGGCGACGGCAGGGAAUCAACCCUGUCUUGCGCGCCGAGAUGGACGCCGCACGUAACAAGAAGGGCGGAUUUUGGGGGAAAGUGGCAGGGACGGCGUGGGGGGGUGGAUGUAUUAAAUAAGUACUACUACAUAUUUAUAACAUAUAAUGAUUGUAUGGUGUUAUAUAUUAAAUGACUAUAGUAGACGGUCAAUUAACUAACCUAGUGGUUGUUUUUAUGACCUCAUUGUCUGUGCACAAUCAACAUCCUCACACAAUGACACCACCAUGUUACUCGUAUGAUCUAUUAAACCCAUCAUGUCCCUAUCCCUGUCUCUGUUGAUAGCCAUAGCAGGCGCCCUCAGCGUCCGAUGCACUACUGAUCCGAACCCGAAAAAGGCAGCCUCCAAUAAUGAGAAUAAUAACGAGAACGACCGCAUCCGCCUCUUGACACGAUCUGUCCCGACCGUCAUCCGCCGUGUCGCCUCCCUCAUCAUCGCCCACCACGUCCUCCUCACGCUCUUCUGGCGAGGGAUAAGAGAGCAAGACGAGCAUCACCAUCACCGAUAUUCCCGGUAUAUCUGUCCGUAUGGUGCGAAUCUGAACGAAGCGCUCUUCUCGUGGACAUGGACCAGCGGAGUCGCCCUGUUGGCCAUCUUCGUGGGUGCGGCGGUCCGUCUCUCGGCGUUUCACCGGCUGGGCUCCAACUUCACCUUCCACCUUACCGCUCCCGACAGACUGGUGACGACGGGCGUGUACCGUUUCAUCCAGCAUCCGGGGUAUACAGGCCAGUUUCUGGUGUGUGGCGGGUGCAUUGGUUUACUGCUGCGGUGGGAUGGGACGCCGGCGUGCUGGAUGGGAAAUGACAAUACACUGCUUCAACUCUUGCGUGUACCUUUCUUCCGGGACGCUGUGCUAGGCUCCUUGGCUGUUUUUUUUGUCUCCAUGGUUUGGCUGAGGGUCGUGGAUGAGGAGGCCAUGUUAUCCAAGCAGUUUGGAGAGCAGUGGGUGUGUUGGCAUCGAAAGACGAACCGGUUUAUACCGGGA